AUGGACGAGCCGCCCUUCACCGAGGCGGCCUUGGAGCAGGCGCUGGCCGAGCCGUGCGCGCUGGACGCGGCGCUGCUGACGGACAUCGAAGACAUGCUUCAGCUCAUCAACAACCAAGACAGUGACUUUCCAAGCCUGUUCGACCCACCCUAUGCUGGGGGUGGGGCAGGGGGUGCCGACCCCACAAAUCCUGAAGCCAGCUCCCCAGGCAGCUUGUCUCCACCUCAUGCCACUGCGAGCUCCCCACUCGAAGUCUUUCUGGAGGGGCACAAGGCAAUACCACCACUGUUGCCCCCUCCCCAACCUGCACCCACAUUGAAGAUGCACCCAUCUGUGCCUGCCUUCUCCCCCACGCCUGACAUCAAGGAGGAGCCAGUGCCGCUGACCAUCCUGCAGCCCCCCACCCCACAGCCUCUGCCAGGGGCCCUGCUGCCCCAGAGCUGUCCAGCCCCAGCCCCACUCCAGCUCAGCUCUGCCCCUGUGUUGGGCUAUCCCAGCCCUCCCGGGGGCUUUUCCACAGACACCUCUCCAGGGAGCACCCCACAGCCACUGCCUGGCCCGCCAGGGGCCCCGCCCAUCUCCUUGCACACCCAGGUUCAGAGUGCAGCCCCCCAGCAACUGUUCACAGCCACCGCCACUGCCACCAUGGCCCCUGGAACAACCACUGUGACCUCGCAGAUCCAGCAGGUCCCGGUCCUGCUGCAGCCCCACUUCAUCAAAGCAGACUCUUUGCUGUUGACAACCAUGAAAACAGACACGGGCUCCCCUGUGAAGGCGGCGGGCCUUGGCUCCCUGGCCCCUGGCACAGCUGUGCAGACCGGGCCCUUGCAGACCCUGGUGAGUGGUGGGACCAUCCUGGCGACAGUGCCGCUCGUAGUGGACACUGACAAGCUGCCCAUCAAUCGACUGGUGGCCAGUGGGAAGGCCCCGGGUUCGGCCCAGAGCCGCGGCGAGAAGCGCACAGCCCACAAUGCCAUUGAGAAGCGCUACCGCUCCUCCAUCAAUGACAAGAUCAUCGAGCUCAAGGACCUGGUGGUGGGCACUGAAGCGAAGCUGAAUAAAUCUGCCGUCUUGCGCAAGGCCAUUGACUACAUUCACUUUCUACAACAGAGCAACCAGAAACUCAAGCAGGAGAAUUUGGGUCUGCGCACUGCUGCCCACAAAAGCAAGUCUCUGAAGGACCUGGGGCCAGCUUGUGGCAGUGGAGGGAACUCCGACGUGCCCAUGGAGGGCAUAAAGCCUGAGGUGGACACGCUGAGCCCCCCCCCCUCGGACGCAGGCUCGCCCUCACAGAGCAGCCCCUUGUCCCUGGGCAGCAAGACCAGCAGCAGUGACUCAGAGCCUGACAGCCCAGCCCUCGAGGACAGCCAGGUGUGCUCCCCGCCCACUCGGGGCCUGCUGGACCGCUCCCGCCUGGCCCUGUGCACACUCCUCUUCCUCUGUCUCUCCUGCAACCCUCUGGCCUCCCUGCUGGGCGGCUGCGGUCUCCCUGGCCCCUCGGAUGCCACCAGUGUCCACCCGGGUGCUGGGCGCACCGUGCUGGGCACUGAGGACAGAGAUGGCCCUGGCUGGGCCCCGAGGCUGCUGCCCGCACUGGUCUGGCUGGCGAACGGGCUGCUGGUGCUGGCCUCCUUGGCACUCCUCCUCGUCUGCGGGGAGCCGGUCACUCGGCCCCACUCGGGCCCCGCCGUGCGCUUCUGGAGGCACCGCAAGCAGGCCGACCUGGACCUGGCCAGGGGGGCCUUUGCCCAGGCUGCCCAGCAGCUGUGGCUGGCCCUUCAGGCACUGGGCCGGCCCCUGCCCACCUCCCACCUGGACCUGGCCUGCAGCCUGCUCUGGAACCUCAUCCGCCACCUGCUGCAACGCCUCUGGGUGGGCCGUUGGCUGGCAGGCCGGGCUGGGGGCCUGCAAGCAGAUGCCCGCACCAGUGCCCGGGACGCGGCCCUGGUCUACCACAAGCUGCACCAGCUUCACGCCACGGGGAAGUACACAGGCGGGCACCUCGCUGGGGCCAACCUGGCGCUGAGUGCACUGAACCUGGCAGAAUGUGCGGGGGACACCAUGUCUGUGGCCACUCUGGCUGAGAUCUACGUGGCGGCCGCGCUGACCGUCAAGACCAGUCUCCCGCGGGCCUUGCACUUCCUGACACGCUUCUUCCUGAGUAGCGCCCGCCAGGUCUGCCUGUCACAGAGGGGCUCAGCGCCCCCGGCCCUGCAGUGGCUCUGCCACCCUGCGGGCCACUGCUUCUUCAUGGAUGGGGACUGGGCUGUGCGCGGUCCCCCACGGGAGAGCCUGUACAGCUCGGCCACGGACCCAGUGGACCCCUUGGCCCAGGUGACACAGCUGUUCCGAGAACAUCUCUUGGAGCGGGCACUGAACUGUAUGGCCCAGCCCAGCCCCAACCCUGCGUCAGCUGACAGGGACCGGGAAUUCUCAGAUGCCCUCGGGCACCUCCAGCUGCUGAACAGCUGUUGUGACGCUGCUGGGACUCCAGCCUGCAGCUUCCCCAACAGUCCCAGCACGGCCACCCCCGGCACAGACCCGGUCGCCAAGUGGUGGGCCUCGCUGGUGGCGGUGGUGACCCACUGGCUGCAGCGGGAUGAGGAGGCCGCUGAGCGGCUGUACCCCCUGGUGGAGCGUCUGCCGCGGGCCCUGCAGGAGUCCGAGAGACCGUUGCCCAGGGCAGCUCUGCACUCCUUCAAGGCGGCCCGGGCCCUGCUGGGCCGUGGGAAGGCAGGGUCCGGCCCAGCCAGCCUGGCCGUCUGUGAGAAGGCCAGUGAGUGUCUGCAGGACAGCCUGGCUACCACUUCGCCUGGCAGCUCCAUUGACAAGGCCAUGCAGUUGCUCCUGUGUGACCUGCUCCUUGUGGCACGCACCAGCCUGUGGCUCAGGCAGCAGCCGUCUGCACCCUCCCAGGCCUCGCAGGGUCCGGGCAGCGGGGCCCAGGCCUCUGCCCUGGAGCUGCGUGGCUUCCAGCGGGAUCUGAGCGGCCUGAGGCGCCUGGCGCAGAGCUUCCCGCCAGCCAUGCGGAGGGUGUUCCUCCAUGAGGCCACAGCCCGGCUGAUGGCCGGGGCCAGCCCCGCGCGCACGCAGCAGCUCCUGGGCCGCAGCCUGAGGAAGAGGCCAGGCUCCUGCGGCAGAGGAGGCACGCGGGAGCUGGAGCCGCGCCCCACGCGGCGGGAGCACGGCGAGGCCCUGCUGCUGGCCUCCUGCUGCCUGCCGCCGUGCUUCCUGCCGGUGCCCGGGCAGCGCCUGGGCAUGCUGGCCGAGGCGGAGCGCAUGCUCGAGAAGCUGGGAGACCGCCGGCUGCUGCACGACUGCCAGCAGCUGCUCCUGCGCCUGGGCGGCGGGACCACCGUCACCUCCAGCUAGGCCGGCCCCGCGGCUGUCCGCCAGCCUCGCAUGACCAAGGCAGCGCCGGAGACCCCGGUGCCCACGGCUCACCCAGGGACUGCACUGCACCGGCAGGGGCUGGGGGUGGAAAUGAGAGCUCCUUGGGGCUUCUGCCUCUUGACCUGGGAGGCCCGAGGGGGUACGACCCCCUCCCCCCAGCUCCCCAACCCUACGAAAGGCGGGCAGGGUGGUGCUGACCUCUGGUGGCCGAUUGGGGGAUUGCAGGAGCCCAUCGGUCUGCUCCUGCAGGCACGCAGAGGUUUUUCCCUCUUCUAGAGGGAAGAUAGGGGUACGGGCCCCUCAGCGGAGGGGGGCCAACUUGGCUUUCCUGGCGAGCAAGGGGUCCUGCCCCCGGGCUCCUCUUCCCUUCUGGAAAGAUCUGUGCACAGUGUAGACCGGGUGCGUCGGCCUCCUGGCUCAAGUGUUACUUUGCUAUUUGCAAACUAUUUUCAUAGGUUGAGAGUUUUAU